AUGUCUGAUUGCAGCAAAGGUGGUAAGGGUUUGGGAAUGGGGGGUGCUAAGUGCCAUUGCAAGGUGCUCCGUGAUAACAUUCAAAGUAUCACGACGCUGGCUAUUCGUCGUUUGGCGCACCGUGGUGGUGUAGAGCAUAUUUCCGGAUUGAUUUAUGAAGAAACCCGAGGAGUGCUGAAAGUGUUUUUAGAGAACGUCAUCUGUGAUGCUAUCACUUACACUGAACAUGCCAAGCGAAAGACUGUGACUGUCAUGGACAUAGUCUAUACUCUGAAGCGCCAGGGUCACACUCUUGACAGAUUCGGGAGCUAA